UCAGACAUUGGAUCGUCUGGCCCGACAGCGGGCAUCGGGUCACCAGGCAUGACAGCGGGCACUGGGUCAUCAGGCAUGGGAUUGUCUGGCUCGACAGCGGGCAUCAGGUCACCAGGUAUGACAGCGGGCACUGGGUCACCAGGCAUUGGAUCGUCUGGCCCGACAGCGGGCAUCGGGUCACCAGGCAUGACAGCGGGCACUGGGUCAUCAGGCAUUGGAUCAUCUGGCUCGACAGCGGGCAUCAGGUCACCAGGCAUGACAGCGGGCACUGGGUCAUCAGGUACCAGAUCGUCUGGAUCGACAGCGGGCAUCGAGUCAACUGGCCUAAUGGAA